AUGGCCAAGUUCACCGUGCCUAAUUGGCUCUGGAACGAGCUACUCGACGUCCUGCCGCCGAUAGGCGGGACGCGGAACUGCAGACUCGACUUCAAACCCGCCUUGAGGACUGACAUAGCCCUGCCCUAUGCGAUCACCAUCGACAUUUCAAGCAGAAACGAAAAAGACAACAUCGAGCUUACUGCGUCGUAUGGCGGGCUAUUUGAUGAGCGGCGCAUCUUUGAUGUACCUAUUACGCAAUUUGGCUUUCUCAAGUCGGAAAAGUACGGCAAGCUGACCAAGGCUACCCUGGACAUCAGCCAAGACCCGUACGAAGGAAACGGCUGCAUCGCUGACAUUUUUGAAUACCUCGUGCCUCCGAGAGACGACCGCUUCCCCAUAUCGCAGAACCAACAACAGCAGUUCCGGAACCUGCUACGGCGCUUUCCGAUCGACGCCAGGGAAUACGUAGCCGAGAACGGGCUCGUAGGAAUGGAGAAGGGACCGUACAGCGAGUCUGCAUUCCAAGCCCCAGGUCCGAAGGACUAG